AUGUCGUCAAAUCCAGCAGAUGGCGCUGCGUUGCAGCCCACAAAGGGCGUGUUUCGCCAACUUCGCGAUAAUCCCUAUGUAUUUGGCCUGUCAGCCUUUGCAUCUCUUGGUGGUUUCCUCUUCGGAUAUGACCAGGGCGUCGUCUCAGGCGUCCUGGGGAUGGAGAACUUUGGCGCACUCUUCCCCAGAAUCUAUCUCGACAGCGGUUUCAAGGGCUGGUUCGUCUCUACGCUGCUCCUAACGGCAUGGUUUGGCUCGUUGGCCAAUGGACCGAUUGCGGACCGCUUUGGCAGAAAGGGCUCGAUGCUGGCUGCUGUCGUCGUUUUCCUUCUUGGAUCCUCACUGCAGGCUGGCGCAAGCACCAUUGGUAUGCUGUUUGGUGGACGAGCUGUUGCCGGUCUGGCAGUUGGUAUGCUCACAAUGAUUGUCCCCAUGUACAUGUCCGAGGUCUCUACCGCAGGCAUUCGAGGGACCCUCGUGGUACUGCAGCAGUUGAGCAUUACUCUCGGUAUCCUCGUCAGCUAUUGGCUCGAAUACGGCACCCAGUACAUCGGCGGCACUCGCUGCGCCCCCGAUAUCCCUUACACAGGAGGCACGUCUGAUAAGCCGACUUUCGAUCCCGCACACGACGUCGGCCCCAAUGGCUGCACCGGCCAAAGCCAAGCCGCCUGGAGAAUCCCAUUUGCCCUGCAGAUUGUGCCGGCCCUCGUGCUCGGCAUCGGAAUGAUCUUUUAUCCAGAGUCGCCUCGCUUCCAUCUCAUGCGAAAGAACGAAGAAGCAGCUCUCCGCUCAUUGGCUCGUCUUCGCCGCGUCCAUCCUGAUUCCGAGUCGCUGAGAGAGGAGUAUCUCUCCAUCAAGGCCGAGGUCUUGUUCGAUGAAGCUCAUUCUAAGGCACAGUACCCUGGUAAGAGCGGUGUUAGCCUUUACUUUGCUGAAUACUACGGUCUAUUGUCAAGCUGGCCCAGCUUCAAGCGUGUCUUUAUCGGCAGCGCCAUCAUGUUCUUGCAGCAGUUCCAAGGAUGCAACGCCCUCAUCUACUAUGCGCCGACUAUCUUUGCGCAGCUGGGACUCUCCGGAAACACCACCUCUCUUCUCGCAACUGGCGUAUACGGCAUUGUAAAUACUUUGAGCACCCUGCCCGCUCUCUUCCUCAUCGAUCGAGUCGGACGACGGCCAUUGCUCAUGUGCGGUGCCACGGGCACAUUCAUCUCGCUCAUCAUCGUCGGUGCCAUCGUCGGAAAGUACGGUUCUGCUCUCGCCGACCAUCCUUCGGCCGGAUGGGUUGGCAUCGCCUUCAUCUACAUCUACGACAUCAACUUCUCAUACUCGUUUGCGCCCAUCGGAUGGGUCUACCCGUCGGAAAUCUUCAACCUGGGCAGCCGAUCCAAGGCCAUGGCCAUCACCACCAGCGCGACCUGGAUGUGCAACUUCAUCAUCGGAUUGGUGACGCCGGAUAUGCUCGAGACCCUUAAAUGGGGUACAUACAUCUUCUUUGCGGCCUUUUGCUUGAUCGGUCUGGUGUUUACGUACUUUUGCGUGCCCGAGACCAAGGGACGAACCUUGGAGGACAUGGAUCGUGUGUUUGGUGACGAUGCUGCUACACAGGAAAAGGAAAGGCUGUUCCAAAUUGCGGCCUCUUUGGGCCUCACAACGACGAUUCCCUCAGAAAAGGCUGAGGCGAUGACAGCUGAGGCCAAGGAAUACGUUUAG